AUUAUUAUUAACUUUGAUUAAUUUACUUAGCUAACUAAGCUUAUAAAUGCAGUUCUCUUGGGUCAAGAGAUAUCAUUUUCCAUACAUACCACAACAUAAACAAACAUGGCAUCAACUUCUCUAUGUUCAUCUUCCCUUUCUUAUCAUCCACUUUUCGCCUCCUCGAAAACGAAACUCGACUCCAGAAAAAGGGUAAGUGCAAGAAUCUCAGCUUCAAGAAGAGAAUCGCAUGAUCAAAAUUACUUCAGCGGCAGGAUAGUGGACGAGAACAUGAUUGUUCUUAGAAAAAGAAUUCAUGAGAUGAAGAUGGUGGAGAGGAACUAUGAGCCACCUGCUAACUGGAUGGAGUGGGAAAAGCGUUAUUUUACUAGCUACGAUUCAUUGAUAUGUGAAAUGAUGGGUUUCUUGCAAUCCCAGCUGAUGGAUACAAGGCCUGGCUUGGCCUUAGGGUUCAUUGCCUUGAUUUCUUUAAGCGUGCCCAUGUCCACCGCGAUGAUGUUUUUCCAUUUCACGGAGAUGUUUAAGAUGGCCUUGGGCGGGCUUCCCGGCCUUAAUUAGUGUCGCAAAUGUUGGAGCAUGAAACUAGUGGAAAAUAUGUUCAGUAAUUUCUUUGUGAAUAAUUUUAUUUUUUAAAAAAAUUGCAGAGAUGAUUAUAUUUCAUUCUUUGUAUUCUUUUCAAUAAAUCAAUUAUUCGUUCUCUAA